AUGCUGGUUUACAUCGCCAACUACUCGCUCGGCGCCACCAGGUCGAUCAUCCUGCACCUGGCAGCCACACAAAGCCUUAAGCACGCAAUUUCACCGAUUCUAGGCGAGGACCUACCAUUGUGGCAAUUCUCCAUAAUCGUCGGUGUCGUCGUAUUUAUGCUUGGCCAGAUCAGGUAUUUGACACAACUAAGUUCCUUCUUCAUGGCGGGCACUGUGGCGCAAUUGGUAGCACUCGCCAUCGUCGUUUCCGAUCUCGUAGUUACCGCCGGUGUUCCUGCGGGGGGUGAGGGAUCCCCGCUGGGACUGCGGAGCCACGGGGGCGACGUCGUCCAUGAGGGCCUAGCCGCCGCUACCUCCUCCCCCGUCUCCCGCAGCCCCCUCGUGGCGGAUGAGCUGCUUUCCGGCCGCUGGGUUCCCGCAGCAAUGGGAGUCCUCAACUUGAUUUUUGCGUACGGCGGCCAGUUUGCGUUCCUGGAGCUCAUCACCAGCAUGAGAACGCCCACCAGCUUCUCCCUCUCCGUGAUGCAAUGUACGGUAAUAAUGACGGCGCUGUACAGCGGUUUCGGCGCGGUGGGCUAUUGGUCCAAGGGCUCCGGUGUGAAUGGCAUUGUGAUUUUCAACAUGAACCCGGGGCCAGCUGCGCAAAUCGCCGCAGGAUUUAUCUUUUUCCAGGCGCUGGCUCAAUAUCUGGUAAACCUUAACGUGUGGACGCACAACCUGUUGGUGCUGCUGUCUCGACGCAUCAACCAUAACUCCGAGGGCGAGUUGUGGAUGGAGGAUACAGCGGUCAAGAGCACAGGGGACCAUUCCAGCAGCCAUUGGCUGGCAGCGACUGCCUUCGUUGCGUCGUACUCUGCCGUUAUCGCUGUGGCGGUUCCGUUCUUCUGUACUUUAGUGGGCUUUGUGACGAGCGUCACUUAUCUAACGGUCGCGUACACGCUACCGGCCUGGUUUGCCAUCAAGCUGCUAAGCGCCAAACUGAGCGGGCUGGAGAGGACGUGGCUGAUUGUGCUCAUCCCGCUGAGCAUCAUCCUCAGUAUCAUGGGACUUGUUGCCUCCAUCAAAACCUACAUUAACGAGACAUCUGACGGGGAGGAAGGCAUGUGAGUUCAAUCAUCUGGAUGGCGACUUGCAUUUAUUAUGCGCAAGUAUUUAUAAAUGAUGAUUCUGAAAAAUAUUUGUUGGCAUCUCGGUUAUCACAUCGUGAUCUGAGUUCAGCGCCUCGCGGCGAGGACCGCAGGUCGCGCGGCUGUUUGCACGCAAGACGCGUUCGAUGGUA